AUGAGAAAGCCCCACAAGCUUCUGCCCAACUACCUUCUCCUCCACCGACACACUACACCCUGCACCUCAACCGCGGCCAGCCCCGUCCCGGCCGCCUCCGCCGUCCACCGUGACCUCGAUCUCCUGGACGCCGGCGAGCUCGCCCCGACCCCGCGCGUUUACCACUCGUUCAUAACCGCCUGCGCGCAAUCCAAGAACCUCGAGGAUGCCAGGAAGAUCCACGCGCACCUGGCCAGCUCCCGGUUCGCCGGUGACGCCUUCCUCGACAACUCGCUCAUCCACCUCUACUGCAAGUGCGGCAGCGUGCUGGAAGCGCAGAAGGUGUUCGACGAAAUGCGGAGGAAAGACAUGGUUUCCUGGACCUCGCUCAUUGCGGGGUACGCGCAGAACGACAUGCCGGCGGAGGCCAUCGGGCUGCUCCCUGGCAUGCUGAAGGGGCGCUUCAAGCCGAACGGGUUCACGUUCGCCAGCCUCCUCAAGGCUGCCGGCGCUCAUGCUGACAGCGGCAUCGGGAGGCAGAUCCAUGCUCUUGCUGUGAAGUGUGAUUGGCAUGAGGAUGUCUAUGUUGGGAGCGCGCUUCUCGACAUGUAUGCGCGGUGUGGGAACAUGGACAUGGCCACCGCAGUGUUUGACAAACUUGACUCGAAGAAUGGGGUUUCUUGGAACGCAUUGAUCUCCGGGUUUGCGAGGAAGGGUGAUGGAGAGACUGCUCUGAUGACCUUUGCAGAGAUGCUGAGAAAUGGGUUUGAAGCGACACAUUUUACGUACUCAAGCGUCUUCAGUUCUAUUGCUCGUUUAGGUGCUCUUGAGCAGGGGAAGUGGGUGCAUGCACAUGUGAUUAAAUCUCGGCAGAAACUGACUGCAUUUGUUGGAAAUACAUUGCUUGACAUGUAUGCAAAAUCAGGGAGCAUGAUCGACGCGAGAAAGGUAUUUGACCGUGUGGAUAAUAAGGAUCUGGUUACUUGGAACACAAUGCUCACAGCAUUUGCACAAUAUGGACUCGGGAAGGAAGCAGUCUCCCAUUUUGAGGAGAUGAGGAAAUCUGGCGUUUACCUGAAUCAGAUCACCUUCCUUUGCAUUUUGACUACCUGUAGCCAUGGAGGACUGGUGAAGGAGGGCAAGCGCUACUUUGAAAUGAUGAAGGAGUAUGAUUUAGAACCGGAGAUUGAUCAUUAUGUUACGGUUGUUGCUCUUCUCGGCCGAGCUGGUUUACUAAAUUAUGCUCUGGUCUUUAUAUUUAAAAUGCCCAUGGAGCCAACUGCUGCAGUUUGGGGAGCCUUGCUUGCGGCAUGCAGAAUGCAUAAGAAUGCUAAAGUAGGGCAAUUUGCAGCUGAUCAUGUCUUUGAACUUGACCCAGAUGAUAGUGGUCCACCUGUCCUGUUGUAUAACAUAUAUGCUUCCACGGGCCAAUGGGAUGCUGCAUCCAGAGUGAGGAGGAUGAUGAAGACAACUGGUGUGAAGAAGGAACCUGCAUGCAGUUGGGUUGAGAUGGAGAAUUCUGUGCACAUGUUUGUGGCAAAUGAUGAUACCCAUCCACGAGCGGAAGAGAUAUAUAAGAUGUGGGGUGAGAUAAGCAAGAAGAUUAGGAAAGAAGGAUAUGUUCCUGAUAUGGAUUAUGUGCUUGUGCGUGUAGAUGACCAAGAGAGGGAGGCAAACCUACAGUACCACAGCGAGAAGCUCGCGCUUGCAUUUGCGCUGAUCGAAAUGCCUGCAGGGGCAACAAUUCGUAUCAUGAAGAAUAUUAGGAUAUGUGGGGAUUGCCACUCUGCUUUCAAAUACAUCUCCAAAGUUUUUGGAAGGGAGAUUGUUAGCAAACAGCAAGCAUGCUGCGGCCCUGAAGAUCAUUUGGCAUCCUUCAUGAGGGAUGGACUCCAGAAGACAUGUGCUUUCAUCCUUAUAACGCAAUCACUAAAAUUUCGCAGGUUGCUAAAACAGCAUCAUUGUCUGCAUGAUUCCUGGGACAAAAGUAGACCUCCAUUUGGAGGCACGAUCUCCGACUGGAAACACACUUCAGAUGGCUUUAUUUUCCAGGGUAUAUCGGUUUCAGCUCAGAGCUCACGAAGCGCAAUGCACGGUGAUUUUGCUAAGCAUUGCCCUCUGGGACUGAUGAUGGCUCUUUUGUAG